AUGGCUGAACAGAAGCCCUCCGAACAUGUUUCAGGAGCUUCAGAAACCAUCGACGAAGGCCCUUCGGCGAAACGACCCUGCAUGAAGGAUACGCCACCCAUCGCAUCAACGCCCGUGGACGAUGGCAGUGAUUUCUACAAUACUCCCUGGACGGCAGGAACACCAGUGGAUAAUAACAGUGAGAACAAAGAUACUACGGAUACGGAUAUGCCUAGCGAGCCGACUAUAUCAUCUAAACCUGCUUCUUUAAUACCAGGAUUGAGUCUCAUCAAUGACAGUCUUCAAGACCCGCAGUCCGCGAAAGAGGAAUCUGCUCCGACACAAGAUGUGCACAACAAAGUGGCCCGCGAUAUGACUACUAGAAAAGAGGUAACCAAAGAGGAUGCACAGCAUGCGGCGGAGACAACAAACCAGGUACAGACGGCGCCAGCUUCUGAAAACGCUCAGCCGAUGGAUGUAGAACCACGCAAGGAACUGGCUGAACAGGAGGAAGCCAAAAAUCAACCCGCAGAGGAACCUCGUGUUGAUGAGGCUAGCACAAAUGAUGCAGCUCCCGGCGCUUUGCAAGAUCAUGAGGCUGAAGAGGAGGAAGGGGAGCAUCCCGAAUGGGAGAUUGAUUCUUCGCCAUAUGAAUCGUCAUCUGACGAUUCCACCACCGAUUCCUCCGAUGAUAGCGAUGACGAAGACGAUGACUAUCCGAUCCUCUCCGCCGAAGAAACGGCGCGGAUUUUGAUGAUGGCAGAAAAUGGUUCUGAUGACGAGGGAGAAGGAAAGGGUAGAUCCGGCGGCACCCUGAGGACCGCAAACGAAAUACCGGAGGAAGCCCCCCCAAUCCCAGAAAUCACUGUCACGCCUGAUAUGAAGAUCGUACAUCUGGGACAUGUGGAAUCCAUCGUUGAAAACACCCUUCUUAUCGCAGCCAACAUUUCCGGAGAAUACCAAGUGCUCGAGUCAGGUUCUCUGCUCUGUCUUGAAGAUCGAACAGUUGCUGGCGUUGUAUCUGAGACUUUGGGACGGGUUGAGAAACCAUUGUAUGCGGUUCGAUUUCCCAACGCUGCCGCGAUUGAGGAGCGUGGUCUCUCCAAGGGAAAGAAUGUGUACUACGUUGAGGAGCAUUCGACAUUCGUCUUCACUCAGCCUCUGAAAGGAUUGAAGGGAAGCGAUGCAUCGAACUUCCAUGACGAAGAAGUUGGCGAGGAUGAGAUAGAAUUCUCCGAUGACGAAGCAGAGGCCGAGUAUAAGCGGAGAUUGAAGCAGAAGCGACAGGAGCGCAAGGAAGCCAGGAACGAAAACGGCGGGCCGUCUAGGGGCAGGAGAGGACCGCCCGGUCCUUCGAAACUCAGCCAGACCGAGCUCAACUACGACGAUUCCCCGACAGCGGAAGACGGCUACACUCCACUUGCCCGCCCGAAGAAUCUGCAUGAAAUGAUGAGUCAACAAGAGGCGCCUGUUGAGGGCGAGGGAUCUUCGAGAAACCCAGCCUUCCGUGGUGGCAGGGGUCGGGGUAGAGGCUCUGACCGUGGACGAGGCAAUCGUGGCCGUGGUGCAGGAGGCUCAAGAGAAACUCGUGAGCAUAGCUCACACCACGACCGUUCGUCUUAUUCUCAGCAGCCGAGACCGUUCGAUGCCCAGGCUCAACCCUCAAACUACAGCCAGCAGCCGAGCUAUCCUCCAGCUCAGCAGAAUGUCUAUGGGAUGCCUCAGCAAUUUGCUCCGUUCCAACCUUUUGCUCAGCAGCCUCAGCAGGCAUUUCCUCAAAGCGCCUCGCCGACGCAAUUCAACUUCCAAAUGCCAUUCCAACAAGCUUAUCAGCAGCCGAACCUCUACCAAAACUUCCCUGCCAUCAACCCUCUGUUUCUAGCAGCAAUGCAACAGCAGCAGCAGCAGCCACAACAACAUACGUCUGGACAGUCUCAGGUGCAGAAUCCUACAAUGAAUUUCGAUCAGGUCAAGGCUCAGUUGGAUCUCUUGCGGCACCUGAGUAACGCGAAUCAAGGGCCGCCAGGCCCACAAUAA